UGGUCUUAUUUGGCGGCCAAAAGCUUCUAGAUACCCGUAGUAAGGACAUCACUGAAUACAAAUGGCAAUAUAUAUAAGUGUGUGGUUAGUAUCGCUAUUAAAUCCCACUCAGUUAUCAUAAUCUUCUGUCGUUAUCAUAAACAGGUCUCUUCUCCUUGGAAAUUAACCAGCAACGAUUACAUUAGAUACAUGGAAAGCUCCGAAACGCAAUUAGAUUUGGUGCAAAACGGAUCAGGCUAUGACAUAGAAAAAGAAAUCAAGGCCUUUGAUGAAUCAAAGGCUGGUGUUAAGGGUCUUGUAGAUUCUGGGAUAGUAAAAAUACCACCCUUCUUUGUGGUUCCAGAAAAAGUAGUCUCUUCUCAACCGACUCCUGCCCAUCUUCAGAUUCCUGUCAUAGACCUCGAAGACAUCCGCGAUGAUCCUGUUCGACACGAAAAGGUAAUCAAGGAAAUACGAAGUGCUUUAGAGAUAUGGGGUUUCUUCCAGGUUGUGAACCAUGGUGUAUCAAAGGAUAUUACGGAGGGAAUGAUUGAAGGAGUGAAGGGAUUUCAUGAGGAAACAAAUGAAGUCAAAAGGGAAUAUUAUACGAGGGAUGUGAAGAAGAAGGUGACUUACACUAGCAACACUCUUAUUCAUAAGACAAAAGCAGCGGAUUGGAAGGAUACCUUGUAUUUUCGAAUGGCUCCUGAUUCUCCACGUCCUGAAGAACUUCCAGUUGUCUGCAGGGAAACAACAAUCAAGUAUUCGGCAUAUAUAAGGGGUUUAGGGGAUACCCUUCUUAAAUUAGUAUCGGAGGCUCUUGGACUCCAUCCUAAUUAUCUGAUUGAAUUUGGGUGCGCUAAAGGGCUCAAGAUUAUGUGCCAUUACUAUCCACCGUGCCCUGAGCCCAACCGAACUCUGGGAAGCAAACCGCAUACUGAUCCUGACUUCUUGACUAUCCUUAUGCAAGACCAUAUUGGUGGUCUCCAAGUUUUUCAUCAGAAUCAAUGGAUUAAUGUCCCUCCAAUUCCAGGAGCUUUUGUAAUUAACGCUGGUGACCUUCUACAGCUUAUAUCAAAUGGAAAGUUCAAGAGCGUUGAGCACAGGGUGCUGGCUAAUCACAAUGGCCCAAGAAUAUCAGUGGCCAGCUUCUUUGCUAUUUAUGACAGGAUUUGUGGUCCAAUAAAAGAGUUGCUAUCGGAUGAAAAUCCUCCGUUGUACAAGGAAGUCCCUCUCAUGGAAUACAUUACUCAAUACAUGUGGAAAGAACAAGAUGGAGGAAUAACCACACUUGAUCGUUUCAGGCUGUGAUUUUGGAAAUUAGAGUACGUUGAAGUCUACUUACUCACUCCAUUUCAGUCAUUCCAAAAUUUUACAUCUGAGCAGCCUCUGCUCGGGGAAUUCAUAACAUUUAAGUUUCUGGUGGUGUUUGAUAAGCAUUGAAUGCGCAUUUGUGUGUUGCAGUCAAGAAUUUAUGCUUGAUUUUUUUUGUUUCAGUUAAUUUCAGUGAUGCACUUGAGAAACCGAACCAUUUAGCAUAUCAGAUUACUCUGUGUUGUAUGACUCUGUGUUGUAUGGUAGUGGCAGCUACACACCUAUCUACAUGAUCUUAUUCUUGUCGUUUUAGCUAAACCAUGAAGUAAUAAAUUGAUAAGACUAUUAUACUCUUGCCAAGGACAGCUAAAUAACUGAAUUGACAAAACAAAUUCUAUUUUCUUGAAUAUUUUCAAAUCAAUAAAAGGAAGAAAUCAAGAAAUUGAAUGACCCAAGACAAUCAGUUCAAGAACACUGAGCACACGGUGAUGGCUAGUCACCUUAACUGGUCCAAGAAUAUACGUGACAAGCUUACUCGUAACAAAAUCUUACCCUUCUUGAAAAGGACUUGAUGGUGGCUCCCUUGCACUUGGUAAUUUCAUGCUGUGAAAUGGAAAUCACUGAAGCUUCCUCUGGUACUCUAUUUGGUUAUGAACUUGGAACGAGAACAUAUUAGUUGCAUUUGUUCCUUAUUUUGUUAUUCAAAAGUAGCACCAAAUUUAAUAAUUACCCAAGUUUGCCUGUGCAGAAAUCUGAGGGCAUCUAUAUCUCCUUUUUCUAUCUGUUUGUUUUCAAGAUUGCCAAAACUUUAUUCUUCUUGUUGGUAUUUGAAUCAUCCUUGUUUGCAUAUUGAGAGCCUCCUCCUGGUUUUUCUUUCAGAGGAUUUGAUCAUUAUUUUGCAUGGUACAGCAGCUACAGCUAUCUGCGCUUUUGUGAAUGCUUGCUGAAAAUGCCUUGUGUCUUCUAAUUAAGUGAUCGUAUCUCAUGUUUCUAAGAUUGAAAAUAUCCUUCCCUGAGAUCUCAGGUCCAUCUUGGAACAAUCUGACAGGCAGAAAGCAAGGAUAUGCUUUGAUUCAGUAUUCUAAUUCAUUUUAUAAUGCAAUGCUUGCCUAUAUACAUCACCAAUCCCUCAAAUUUUAAUCAUAUCUCAGUAAGAAGUAACUUUAACCUACCGUUUCAGGAAAUACUGGAGAGCGUUGUUCCCUUCCAGUCCCCAUUAUGCCCAAGUAUGAACCUGAUUUAUUAAAUCAAUAUUCGAGUGAUCUGCUCACCAUUUUUUAUAACUUUUAAGAUUUAAUAAAUGAUGUUAGAAACUGAAGCUGAUCUCACAUGCUUUAUUGAUAGCACAAACAGCCAGUUCAAGUUUUUAACAAGUUUCGUUCUAUCACAAAACAGCUAAGAGAUAUGAACAGAGGGCAUUUCUAGGGAGGAGGUUAUGGAGAGAUGAAUGUCAAGCUUACUUCAGUCAUUCCAUGGAAUCCUCUCAUGCCUUGAAAUCAUCUCUCAAGCCUUAAAUUUCACCUUCUAUCAUUUCAUGAUGAAGUUCAUUCACUGACUUGCAGCAUCCCAAAAAUCCAGAUUGGCUUUUCUGACACAAAUUUUAUAGUCUGCCUGCCUGCCAGCCAGGGUUUACCAAUGGACUUCAGAGAUUUUGAUAGCAACUUUAUGACAACAUCCACAUUUUUUGCAGCUCUUAGAUAGGCUUACUUGAGGAUGAAUCCCUUGAAGAAACAGACGUUUUUUCCGGCUGCAAUGUCAGCAUAUGAAAGGAAUUUUAAAGAGAGCAGAUCAUGAGAAGUAUUAUUUGGACAAUUGACUUCCAACCUCGACGAGAGUUAUUUAACUAUUUUUUAUGGAGGCAAGCCGGCAGCAUUCAGUAACAACUCAUAGUUUUAGGUUGGGAAUCUAACUCAAACCUCUUGUCAUCUAAUUGAAAGAUUGAUUUAUUGUUUAUUCCUUUUUGUCUCAGUCCUCUCUCUCUCUCAUUGUCCCUUUUGUUUGUUUGUGUUGACUUUUUUUCCGUUAGAGGUCUCUUCUCCUUUGAAACAUAACAAAAUGGAUCUGUCUGUGAUAUAGAAAAAGAAUUACAGGCUUUUGACGAAUCAAAAGCUGGUGUCAAGGGACUUGUAGACGCUGGGAUAAUUAAAACUCCUCCCUUCUUUGUGGUACUAGAAAGUGAAGUCUCUUGCCAACCAAGUCCAGCCCAUUUUCAUAUUCCUGUCAUAGACCUGAAAGGCAUUCAGGAAGAUGAUAUUCGACGUAGAGAAAAUGUUGAGCAGAUGUGCAAUGCUUCAGAGACAUGGGGGUUCUUUCAGGUUGUGAAUCAUGGUAUUUCAAAAAAUGUCAUGGAGGGAAUGGUUCAGGGAGUGAAGGGAUUUCAUGAGGAAAGAAUGAAGUGAAAAUGGAAUAUUAUACAAGGGACACGAAGAAGAAGGUGACUUGCACUAGCAAUUCUCUCCUUUAGAAGGCAAAAGCAGCAAACUGGAGGGAUAUUUUCGCAUGGCUCCCGACGCUCCAGAUUCUGAAGAAUAUCCAGAAGUCUGCAGGUAAUUCUUUUUUCUUUUUUCUUCAACUCAUUUUAAUCCACGGUUAUGACAUAGAUCCUUUAAUUAAAAACUCGCAGCUAGUUCUAGUCAAAUCUUUUUCUGCAUAAUUUUAAUUUUGACUGUGGAGACUAUCAGCUGAAGAAUACUUCAUGGUAGUCUAAGAUCUCCACGAAAAUGCAUUCCCUGUGGCAGAAAAAAGUGCACAUUCUUUUUAUACAGCGCAGCUUAUUGAUGAAAAAAUAUUUUGGGUGGUGCUCAUAUUUGAUAACCCGCAUUGAUCUAGAAUUUGCCAUCAUUUUAUCUAUUAGUCUGCAGACUUGCCAGUCCAGUGUCCUGACUGCCAACCUGCAGUAGAGCCUGCAAGCUGCUUCUCAGAAUGUCGAUGUAACAGCUUCUGUAAUAAAUAUUAGCACCAGCGAGAACAACUCCCCUGUAUUGGAACAGAGCAAAAAAGUCCAAGGCUGAAGAAAUGAAGCUGACCUAGCUGACAAACUCUAGUGUGCGAAUGCCUAUGAAACUUCUGUUGAUUUUGGUUUUGAAGCUGUUGAGUUUCACUUAUUGCAGGGAGAUAGAAAUCAAAUAUUCAGCAUAUAUAAAGAGGUUGGGAGGAACUCUUCUUGAAUUACUAUCAGAAGCUCGUGGACUCGAGCGUAAUCAUCUGACUGAAAUUGGGUGUGCUAAAGGGCUCCCCAUAAUGAUCCUGACUUCCUGACUACCCUUUUGCAAGACCAUAUUGGCGGCCUCCAUGUAUUUCCACCAAGAUCACUGGGUUGAUGUCCCUCCAAUUGCUGAAGCUUUUGUAGUUAUCAUCGGUGAUUUAGUACAGCAAGUUCCAGAUAUCUGAGCACAGGGUGCAGGCUAAUCACAUCGGUCCAAGAAUAUCAGUUGCGAGCUUCUUCGCACUCUAUGACUGGAUUUGUGCCCCGUUAAAAGAGCUGAUAUCAGAUGAAAAUCCUCUGUACAAGGAGGUUCCGCUGAAAGACUACAUUGUUCAAUACAGGUGGAAAGAACGUGAUGGUGGCAUCUCUACACUUGAUCGUUUCAGGUUGUGAUUUUGAAAAUGAGAACACACUGAAAUUACCCUGUUCAUUUCAUAUGGUCAUCAGAGACCGUUAAAAAUUCAGUAAAUUUUCCUUCUUGGCAACCUGAAGGCUGUCAAAGAACUCUUUUGGCCACGCUAUGAACGGUGAUAAGAUUUGAAUCUGUGAUCAUAGUAUUAUUAUCUAAUAAAGCAUCUAAAUUUUUAA